AUGGCUCAGGACUCUUUUGCAGCACAAUACAAUCUCAGGGACGACAUGCGAGACCUCAUGCAAACGAUAAUGGAGCACUAUAACCAUUAUCAUCACCUCGGCAACAACAAGCAUACACCAUGUGUCGGCAAGACAAACAAUGACAAAGCUCUUUAUUUUCUGGAUAAACUAUUGGCUAUGGAUUGGGGUAACAUCUCAGAGGCCCAAAUAAAGCGUAUCCGAUGUCUCAUAACGAGAUUGGAAACAAUCCACUACUAUGACGUUGUUGCUAGUCAUUGUCAUCCAGACUUGGCCAACGUACACGAGGCUUCUCAUGAGCGGGGGGCCAAUGCUGAUGCACACCAACGCGAAGUUAUGAUUGGGGCCGAAGGACAUCGCGAUAAAGAAUUAGAGAAAGCUUUCAAGCAUCUUGAAAAAGUCGGAGAUAACAUCAAACAAAAGUUCGAGGAGGGUAAACAGCAAGUUGAGGAGGCCGCUAUUAUCAUGAGAUCAGCCAAAGUCAAUUCCGAAAAGUUGAAAGAGAUCUUAGCUCUUUUCAACUCAGACACUGAGUGA